AUGCAGCGCUACGCUGUAUACGAGGAGAUCUACCGAGGUUGUGGCACUCGGAGCCAGCAGGCCGUGGAGGAUGUUUUCGUCAAAGUCUACCUCGCAGUCCUCCAUUACACGCAUGAAGUGAUUGCUAUUCGUAGAUCUAAGAGUAAGCGCAUCCGCGACAGUAUGCAAGCAGCGGCCACUUUCCCUUUGACGGUGCUUAAGUCAGCCAUCGCAGAUAUGGAAGCAGUUUUGCAGAGCCUCGGUACACAACGUGCCCAGGAGAUGUUGACUGCGGUUCUAGAUUCCGUGGAGGCCGCAUUUCGAAUCGGGAUUGUUAAGCAUGUCCAGCCAGUAAAGAACGCUAUGUUCGACUCCUCAAUUAACCAGAUGCUCGGAGAAUGCAUCGAAGACACAAGGGAUGAACUGCUCGAUCAGAUUGAAGAUUGGAUGGAUAAUCAUAAAGAAACGCCUAUCUUUUGGUUAGAUGGGAUGGCGGGAAUAGGAAAGUCGGCCAUUGCACGCACGGUGGCUAUAAGAUUAAGUGAGAGAAAGCUUCUGGGUGCGUCCUUUUUCUUCAGUCGAGGCGAUGUGGCGCGCAGAGACCCAAACAAUCUCUUUAUCACUCUUGCUAUGCAACUGGCGGAAAGACUGCCUCCGUACAAAAAGUUGCUCUACGAUUGGAUCGCCAACAAUCUUUCCAUAACUUCCCCUGGGAUAGGGGACCAAUUUCGAUUCUUCUUCUCUGAGCUAUUACCAAAGAUCAAAUCUCCUUCACGGCACAAACUCGACUUCAUUAUGGUUAUUGAUGCGUUGGACGAAUGCGAGAACGAAGGGAAUAGCAUCAGCAUUAUCAUUGACCGGCUGCCGCAAAUUCAGCGAGCUAACCUGGACGUGAGUCUGCGGUUCUUCGUGACGGGGAGACCAGAAAUCAAAAUCCUAAAAGGAUUGAAUUUGAUCCACGAUUCCGAGCACAAGGACGUGAAGCUGAUCGAAAUUGCCCAAGAAAUCACCAAGCGAGACAUAUCCAAGUUCUAUACGCACUGGCCAUCCAAUGACUGGCCAAGUGAGGCAACAAUCCAGAAAUUGACAGACAUGGCAUAUCCCCUAUUCAUCGUUGCCUCUACCGUCUGUAAGUUCAUGGACACCGUUUGGGAGCCCCUUGACAGCCGGCUCCAAAAGAUGCAGUCAACAUAUGAUCAACUUCUUUUGAGCCUUCUACCUCCCGAUCCCGAUGACCAGAAGAUGGAGGAAGAGCAAAUCGCCACUCAUUUGGAGAAUUUCCAGUCAAGUCAUCAAGGCCUGCGACGUGAUAUUUGCAGCUUGGGAGACUUUGGGGAGCAGGCUAACCAGGCGCACCGAGUACCGGUCUCCGAAUUCAUCUCCCCCGAACUCGAGUACUCCUGUCGUUACUGGAUUUAUCACAUCAAAGAAGGAGAGGGCUUAGCGAGCCGGACCCAAGAAGUGCUGUUAUACCUACGAAACCACUUCUUGCAUUGGUUAGAGGCCAUGAGUGUUCUGGGUCGAAUGGGCGAAUGCGUGGAGCCUGCUAAAUCCCACUUGGCAGACUUGGUGAAUGAUGCAGUUCGAUUCAUUGACAAUUAUCAUUACGUUGCUAGUAUAUCACCUCUUCAGAUCUAUACCUCUGCGCUUGCCUUUGCGCCUCAUUCAUCUGUUGUCCGGCAAUCUUUCGCCUCCCAUCUCCCGAAUUGGCUGACCGGGAUCCCAAGAGUCCAAGGUAGUUGGGGAUCAGAACUUCAUACACUAGAGUAUAAAGGCGUGUGUGCUUCGCAGGCUGUCUUUUCUCAAGAUGGGUCUAUUCUGGCAUCGUUCAAUAACGAUAACACGAUCCGACUCUGGAAGACAUCCACUGGCCAACUUAUACAAACCAUUCCCGAUAUAACAUCUGGAGCAAUGAUGAUCAUGGCAUUGCUUUUCUCCGGCGACGGUACCCGAUGCUUUUCGAGCGCGGAAAACGGCUCGAUCAUUUUCUGGGAUGCAAAGACAGGGGAGCCAGUUGAGAAGGUAUCUGGACAUACCGAAAAAGUUCACAUCCUCGAGCUCUCACCAGACGGCAGACUUCUAGCCUCUGGAUCCUAUGACCACAUGGUGAAGUUGUGGGAGGUUCCAUCCGGAAAAUAUUAUGGCUCCCUUAUAUUCCAUCAAGGCCCAGUUACCAGCAUCUCUUUCUCGCCGGACAACAGGCUGCUCGUUUCGGGUUCGAUGGAUUGCAUGAUCGGCCUCUGGGAUGUAGCGACUUGCACUGUCCUGCGCACAAUUCGUCACAUGGUCGCCUUGGGACAUUCCUCGGGGGAUGUCUCGUUUAUCGAAUUCGCUCAGGAAAUGGGAGGUACAGGUACAUGUUGA